AUGGUUACUUCAUGGAUCCUCAAUUCCCUAAGCAAAGACAUUGUUGAUAGUGUCGAGUACGUGUUUGAUUCAUUGGAAUUAUGGAGUGAGCUAAAGGAUCGAUAUGAUCAAACUAAUGGUGCCAAGUUAUAUCAUAUCCAAAAAGAGAUUAACGAUCUAAGUCAGGGAUCUCUAGAUAUCACUUCCUACUAUACCAAGAUGAAGAAACUUUGGGAGGAACUCAGCAAUUUAUGUGUGAAAAAUCAGUGCAGCUGCUUGUGUACUUGUGGUGCCAAGGACACUAUGCAUAAGGUAGAACAAGAUAGACGACCAAUCCAGUUUCUUAUGGGCCUCAAUGAAGCAUACACUAUCAUUCGUGAUAGCAUCCUCAUGAUGAAACCAUUGCCUUCUAUGGGCCAGGCAUUUGCUCUCUUAAUUCAGGAGGAGAAACAAAGAGAGUUUAAGCCUAACAAUCAUUUUUUUGCAGAUUCACCCUCUAUUUGUGCUAGCUCCUCAACUAGACAGUCGCGACAUAUUGGAGGCCACUCAGGUGGACGAGGCUUCCACACUAACUACACGCAGAACACUGGGGGAAGAGGAACAAGACCUUUCUGUGAACAUUGUAAGAGGUUGGGCCAUACGAAAGAUAAGUGUUACAAGUUGCAUGGUUAUCCUGAUAAGCCAUCUUCUAGCCCAGGACCUAACAACAACAAUACUUAG